AUGGACUGGAGUGAAUCGUCUGAUUUCCAAGACGUUACUGAAAACGCUGCUGAUAUUAUAAGAACAGCCGAGUUUCCCGAUGCUGAAGAGUGGAUUGAUGCUCUGCAUAAUGGCCACUUCCAUGCCUUUGCGGCUAAGGGUGGGUUUCCUGGAAGAUUGGUUAGGCAUGCUGUAUUUUCAAGUAGCAGAUAUCUAUCAUCAUUCGAGUCCCUUCAGGUGGUCGACUACGGUGGGAACGUGCCUCGUCCAGUGAAAAGGUACAGCGAGCACGAUGUUGAAGGCUAUCAGCAGCCGGAUGACUUUUCGACUCCCUGCAACCGUGCCCAGUUCAUGGUCUGGUUCUAUCUUCCCUCUAUCCAUCGGUUGGAAAUAUGGCUACGCGAUGUUGAGGAGCUCAAGGCGGGCCCCCCUGAUCUGAGCCACUUGGAAAGUCUUAUUCUUGCCCGGUCAACGAUCUCCGAGCAGGAUGUUCCAUUUCUACUGACUCGCGCGAAGAACCUGAAAAACCUCCAUCUGGGGCUAUGUCACGGGUGGGCAAAGCAGCCUUUCUAUGAGCACAGUGACUGUCUAGCCGAGGGGUUACUGUCCGUCAGAGAUACCGUCGAGAGGCUUUCAAUUGGACUUGACUACCACCCAUGCAUACACGAGGGACUUGAUGAAGAGCUCGCGAAGGAGGAAUCCAGGGCAGUGCUGCAUGGCAUAUUCGCCCAGUUCUCUCGUCUCCAAACACUCGAAGUGCCGACGACUCUGCUUUUCGGAUUCGACACCAUCGAAGUAGACCUCGACGACUGCUCGAUCCUGCCAAAGACACUCGUCGAUCUGGUCUUGCGGUUUGACUUGGAUAAUCUCUGGUGGUUCUACUGGGAGACUUGGAGUGUUCAGGACUUUGGCGCGAGUAUUAUGCAGAAUUUGCCGGAUUUCCCUCACCUUCGCUGCAUCUUGAGCCGGUCACACAAGCGAUAUUUCCGCCAUGUCCGACCAGAGGACGGUUGGCAGAUGCAUCAGAUGUUCAAGGAACAUGGGAUUGACUUUAACGUUGUGGUGGAUUCUCUCGGUGCUGGUCUCUGGAGUUCGGGUGGAAGUGUGAAACUGUAUCAAUAG